UUUGCUUUUUUUGCCCGUCCUUGCUCGUCUCCAUCAUCGUCCCUCUUGGUGUCCUCCAUUAUCGUUGCGGCAUCCUCCUGCUUCGUCGUUGUCGUGCAUUCUCCAGAUUGUCAUUUCGGCUCCAGAUGGCAGACGAUAGCGGAUCUAGCACUGAUAACCCAUCUCAGCCGAGAGAUGCCUCUGAGCAGGAGAGACAGUUGCAAGAGGAGGCAGCACGCAUACAGAGGGGCCUUUGUGUCAUGCAAGAGGUCGUGAAAGCUCGAACAGAAGGAAAGAAAUUUGCCGUACAGUGGAAUAAGAAAGGACAAGCUGUACGGUCAAAUAAAUUUAUCAGCUAUAUUGGGGCAGUGGCACGAAGCACCGUGCCCAUUACAGCGCAGCAUUGGAGGAGGGUUGAUCGUUCAGUGCGAGACACUAUUUGGACAGAUGUAUCGUCUGCAUUUGAUAUAGAUAAGAGCAGGAAGAGGUUUGUGGAGGGGAAGGCUGGGAGGGCACUACGCUCUUUCUGA